AUGAUGAGUGCUGCCAACGUGGCAAGCAGUAGCGCGGGCGGUGGAGGGGGGAGCGGCGGCGGGAGCGGGGGUGGAGGAGGAGGCGGCGGGGGCGGCGGGCCGUGCGGGGCAUGCAAGUUCUUGAGGAGAAAGUGCGUGGCGGGGUGCAUAUUCGCGCCGUACUUUGAUUCGGAGCAGGGGGCCGCGCAUUUUGCGGCGGUGCACAAGGUGUUCGGAGCAAGCCACGUGUCGAAGCUGCUCCUCCACAUACCGCCGCACAAGCGGCUGGAUGCGGUGGUCACCAUUUGCUACGAGGCUCAGGCGCGCCUCAGGGACCCCAUUUACGGCUGCGUUGCUCACAUCUUUGCCCUUCAACAACAGUCAACAGUUACAUUGUUUGCUGAAAUCAAGAAACCUGAUUCUGACUGA